UAAACGAUAUUCGUCCUCAAGAUAUUGGUGAAUACGUAGUCAUUGCAACCAAUCCAGCAGGCGAAGAUUCAACUAGAUGUUCUCUGAAUGUUGUACCAGACAAACCUGGUGUGGAUGAUCGCGCUUUUGUCCCACAAGAUAAAUUUCGCGAUCUGGAACACCCACAAGGUAAAGGACGACGUCCGAUCGCAAUCGUACCUGGUGUUGAUACUCAACCAUUUGUGUCACCCGAUAAAUUCCGUAAUUUGGAUCAUGUACCAAGUUCGGUGAAACCAGAAGAAGUACCAAUUGAAGCAAUGCGUCCGCCACAUGUGAUUGUACCAUUGAGUAACUGUGAGAUAGAAGAACUCAUGCCUGUGUUACUUACAACCACAAUUGAUGCUGGUGUCCCGAUGGCUUCAUUUACUUGGUAUAAAAACGGUCAACCACUCCUUGAAGGAAAUCGUUUUACUACUAAAUAUGACAUCUACUCAAAAGUAUUAACAUUACAAAUUCUUGCUGCUCGCCCUGAUGAUCAAGGAACUUACACAGUUCAAGCAACAAAUCCUGCUGGUAGUGAUGAGACAACAUGUACGCUAACUAUUCGACCUGUUGCUUCCAUCGAUACAAGUCCUUUCAUACAACCAGACCGUUUUGCACCAUUGGAAGUCAAAGCACCACCACCAACCAAAGAAGAUAUGGAUAAAAUGGAACCACCAAAAGUUAUUGUACCUUUGCAAAGCCAACAAGUCACUGAAGGAUCACCUGUUCUUCUUCAGGCCACUAUUACUGGAAGACCAACGCCUGAUUUUGUAUGGUUGAAAGAUGGUGCUCCAUUACCAGCAUCUAAUCGUCUACGUACUCGAUACGAUAUCGGUACCAAACAGGUUCUACUACAAAUAAACGAUAUUCGUCCUCAAGAUAUUGGUGAAUACGUAGUCAUUGCAACUAAUCCAGCUGGCGAAGAUUCAACUGUAUGCUCAUUGAGUGUUGUACCAGACAAACCUGGUGUUGAUGAUCGCGCUUUUGUCCCACAAGAUAAAUUUCGUGAUCUCGAACAUCCACAGGGUAAAGGACGACGUCCGAUCGCAAUCGUACCUGGUGUUGAUACUCAACCAUUUGUAUCGCCCGAUAAAUUCCGUAAUUUGAAUCAUGUUCCUCCAUCGAUAAGACCAGAAGAAGAACUGGCUCCCGAAGUAAUGCGUCCUCCACGUGUUAUUGUACCAUUGAGUAAUUGUGAAUUAGAAGAAUUAAUGCCGGUGAUUCUCACAGCUACAAUUGAUCCUGGAGUACCAAUGGCAUCAUUCACUUGGCAUAAAAAUGGUCAACCACUCCUCGAAGGAAAUCGAUUUACGACAAACUAUGAUAUCGUCAAUCGAACAAUUACAUUACAAAUUCUUGCUUCGCGUCCUGAUGAUCAAGGAGUUUAUACAGUUCGUGCAACAAAUCCUGUUGGCAGUGAUGAAACAACAUGUAAGCUAACUAUUCGUCCAGUAGCUUCAAUUGAUACGCGACCAUUCGUUGAUGCUGCACGGUUCCGUCCAUUAGAAAAUCGACCGGGAACCGCUCAAAAUGUAGACGAUGAAAAUCAAUUACUUCGUCCACCGAAAGUUCUUGUACCUAUGAAUAAUGUUCGUCUCACUGAAUCUCAACCGAUUAUAUUGAAAAGUAUUGUUGAUGCCGGUUAUCCCAUGGGUAAAUUUACAUGGCUCAAAGAUAAUCGUCCAUUGGCCGAAUCUAAUCGAUAUCGUGCAAAUUUUGAUAUUAAUACACGUACAGCAUCGUUAUUUAUUGAUUCUGCACGUCCAUCAACUGAUACUGGCCGAUAUACAGUUCACGUUGAAAAUAUUGUUGGCAAAGAUCAAACAACUGGUGAAGUAAAUAUUGAAGGAACGCCAGGAGUCGAUGAUCGACCAUUUGUUGAACCAAGUAAAUUUGGUAAAUUUGAAGGACCACAACGUUCACCAGGCAUUAGUCCUCGUGGGCCAAUUCUUCAACCUGAUGAUUCAUUGAAAAAUCGUGAAAAUUUAACACCAUGGAUUCGAUUAGUUAAAGAACUUGAAGAUCAAGUCAUCGAUGAAGCAAAAGCAGCACAACUAUUUUGUUCAGUUGAUGCUCAUCCAGGAGCAACGAUAAUGUGGUUAAAAGAUGGUCGUCCACUUAUGGUAUCUCAACGUUUUACGCCUGAAUACGAUUUUAAAACUGGUAUUGUGCGUUUAACUAUCUAUCCAGUUUAUGCAGCUGAUUCGGGAGAAUAUACAAUGGUUGCUCGAAAUAUUGCUGGAGAAGUUUCAACAAAAUGUAAAUUAAAAAUUCAGCCAACAGCCAACGUUGAAGAGCAUCCACUUGCUAAAUUCGCUGGUCUAAGAAAAAUACCACAGCAACCAUCGAAUCUUGCAACUGAGCCUUCACUUAAACCAGUUGAUUCAACUGACGGACAACCACCGUAUUUUAUUAAAAUUCCUGUUGAUCAAGAAGUACCAGAAGGACAAUUAGUACGUCUAUAUUAUGUACCUGCUGGACGUCCUGAACCUAGUUUAACAUGGUAUCGUAAUGGUCAACCACUACGACCAGAUGAUGCUGAUCAUUGUGAUGUUGUUAAUGAAGGAGGCGUUCAUUCAUUACUUAUACGUAAUCCAAAAUUAGGACCACCUGUUGAAUAUACAUGCGUAGCUAAGAAUAAAUUUGGUGAAGCAUCAUUUCCUGUUCAUCUUAAAGUUGUUGAACGAGGUUCAAAUAUUGCUCCUUUCUUCAUUGAACAACUUUAUGAUAUAACUAUUAUUGAAGGUCAAGAUGCACCAUUAGAUGCUUGUGCACAAGGCUUUCCAGAACCAAAAGUCACGUGGGAGAAAGAGGGUCGACCUCUUACUCCUAAUAAGGAAUACAAAGUUGAAUAUGAAGGAGCUAAAACUACAUUAUAUAUACGGGAAGCUAAGAUGACAGAUGCUGGCUGGUAUCAAUGUACAGCAACUAGUCCAGCUGGAACGGCUAUUACAAAAUGCAGAGUGACAGUUAUUCCAUUAUCCGAAGCUGGUAAAUAUGCAGCUGAUUUACCUCAACUUGGGCCUCAAAGUCUUGCUAAAUUACCAGUUCUACCGGAGGAAGAUAUUCGAUCGAAAUACAUGACUGUUCCUGUUAAACCUCCAGAGGUGAAACCUGAAGAGUUAUAUAAAUUACCAAGACGUUCUAAGAAACUUGAUAAUCCAGCUGAAGAAGCCCGAAAACGAGGCGUUAAAGUACUACCUGAUGAAGUUCUAGCAGCACUUCAAAAGAAUUUAGAAGAAUAUCCUGAAGAAGAAAUGUACAGUAAAGAUCGACCACAGCCACCGAAAUUUAAAGUUCAUAUUAAAUCUCAAUUAAAUUUAAAUGAAGAUGAUCCAUCUAUGUUUGAAGCGAAAUUAAUACCUGUACGCGAUCCAAUGAUGCGUGUACAAUGGUUUAAAAAUGGAAAGAUUCUUCAUCAUGCAUCAAGAAUCGUUCCUCGAUAUGAUUUUGCUGAUGUAUCACUUGAAUUUCUAUGGACAUUUGCUGAAGAUGAUGGUAUCUAUGAAUGUGUUGCUACAAAUCCAUACGGUGAAGAUCGUACUCGUGCUGAAUUGAAAUGUCGUCCUAAACGAUCUAUCAUUUAUAAUACACAAUUACCAGAAGGUAUGGAAGGUGUAUCGAAAUUACAAAUGUUAGAAGAUGAAAUAAGAUAUACAUCAAAUAUGAUUGGAUUAGAAGAAAAAGUCGAAGAAAAAGAACCAAAAGCACCAGAAAUCAUUAUGCCAUUAGAAGAUCUAACUGUUGACGAAGGUGAUAAUGCUAAAUUUAUUGUUAAAAUUGAUGGACAUCCACGUCCAAGACUAACAUGGACAAUCAAUAAUGCUGAUAUCGCAAAUGGUAGUCGAUAUAAAUUAAUUUAUGAUGGCCUAGUUCAUUAUCUUGAUAUACCAAAAACAAGACAAUAUGAUGCUGGAACAGUGUGUUGUACAGCGAAAAAUUCUCUUGGCCAAGCUGAAAGUGUUGCUACACUUAAUUUGAGAUUUCGACAAGAUUAUCGCUCGGCUCUAUCAAAAACACCAGGUGGUAUCGAUACUGGCUUAGAAGAUUCAUUCGAUCUUGACAUUGAAGAAAGAUUAAGAGUGCGCUCACAAGUUCGACAGAAAGAAUCAGCUGAUGAUCGAAUGCGUCGUCCAUCAGCUGAUAAAUUAUUGCAUCCACUACAUUCAAAAGCCGCCGAUCGUAUGGCAUGGCGUCAAACUGUCGAAAAAACUGGUGAUGCACCAAACUUUACCAAGCCUUUGUUACCAUUAAAAGUUAAAGAGGGAUCGAAAGUUGUUGUUAGUGUUGAAUUUACUGGUGAUCCAGCACCAACUGUGUCCUGGUAUCGUGAUAGUUUCAUGGUUGAAGAUUCAGAAGAUUUCAAAAUUCAUACAACAGCUACACAAAGUACACUUACCAUUAAGCAUGCAUUUAUUAUUGAUUCUGGCUUAUAUACUAUUAAAUUAUUUAAUCCAAUUGGUAUUCGACAAUGUCAAGCUGCUAUGCGUAUUGUGCCAAUUAUUGCUGAGGAUCAAACACCACGAUUUCUCGAUGUUCCAAAUGAUACUGAAAUUCUUGCCGGUGAUCCAGGUCGUUUUCAAUGUCGUGUUGAAGGUCAACCAUUUCCAACAGUUUCCUUCUAUCGAGAAGAUGAACCCGUUAAUCUUAAUGAUAAACGUUUUCGUGUCAUACAAGAAAAUGAUGUAUUUACAUUACUUAUAUUCGAAGCAUUACCAGCUGAUAGCGGUCAAUAUGAAGCAGUUGCUGGAAAUACAGUUGGGAAAGCUAAUACACGUUUCACAUUAACUGUAACACCACGAGGAUCUGGUGGCAAGAAAGCUUCAUUAAUUGACGAUCCAAAACUCAUACAUAAAGUACCUUAUCUAGAAAAACCACUAGAAGAUUUGCAUGUCAAAGAAGGACAAUCAGCUACAUUUGAAUGCAUUAUACCAGCUAGUUUUGGCUCGGAUGUUAAAUGGUAUAAAGGAACAUCAGAAUGGGCAAUAAAACCAUCUAAAUUCUUUAAACCAAAAUCUGAUGGAACUAAACAUCAAUUAUUUAUUUUAGAAGCAUAUGCUGAAGAUGCAGGACUCUAUAAAUGUGUUGUUUCAAAUCCAGUUGGAACAACUGCUAGUACUGCUACAUUAAAAGUUGAUCAUACAAUGCAAGUACCAGAAUUUGUUCGCGGCUUUAGUAAUUUAACUACUUAUGAAGGUGAACCAGUACGUUUUGAAGUUGAAGUACGCGGCGAUCCAGCUCCAGCCUUAUCAUGGUAUCGUGGUGGAGAACUCAUACGAGAUUCGCCUGACUUUCAAAUUUUUACUGAAGGAAAUCGUAGUUUAUUAUAUAUAUCAGAAGUAUUUAUGGAAGAUCAAGGUUUAUUCACAUGUACGGCUUCAAAUGCAGCUGGGUCAUCCGAUUGCUCAGCUCGUCUUAUUGUUGAACCACGACCACAACUUUAA